AUGACCAUCAAGAGAAAGGUCGAGACCAAAUACAAGUUGCCGACGCUCAACUGGAUUGCACUGAAGCCAAAUCAGGUGCGCGGCACGAUUUUCAACGAAUUAGAUGAGGAGCGUCCGCGACGAAGGAUCAACUUCGCGGAAUUUGAACAGAAGUUCCGGUUGGGGGGAGCCGCCCCCCACGCGGCAUCUUGUGAAGCAGACCUUGCCUCGUUCCCUAGCAAGCGGUUCCGAAGGCCCGACACCGUCUCGCUGCUUGAACACACGCGUCUUCGAAACAUCGCGAUAUCAAGAAGAAAGCUGGACACGCCCGUUGAAAAAGUGAUUGCGGCAAUAAACAAUCUAGAUCUCAAACAGCUACCUUUAGAGAGUGUAGAGAUCCUCCAAAGAAUGGUACCAUCCGAAGCCGAGCAAAAGGCUUACAAGGAAUACGUUGCAGAGAAAAAGAAUGUGAACCAGUUGACAGAAGAAGAUAAAUUCUUAAUGCAGCUAGCUAAAGUUGAGAGGAUAUCAGCUAAACUUUCUAUCAUGAGCUACAUGGGAAAUUUCUUCGACAAUAUACAUCUAAUAACGCCGCAAAUUCAUGCCAUUAUUUCUGGUUCCUCGUCCGUCAAAUCUUCCCAGAAGUUACGGAACGUUCUAGAAAUAAUCCUGGCAUUUGGAAAUUAUUUAAACAGCAGCAAGCGAGGCCCCGCUUACGGGUUCAAACUGCAGUCUCUGGACACGCUGAUGGAUACGAAGUCGACGGAUAAGAGAGUGUCGUUGCUGCACUAUAUCGUCGCGACUAUUCGACAAAACUUCCCUGAGCUAUUGAACUUCGACACAGAGCUCUUAUACAUUGAUAAGGCUGCCCAAGUGUCGCUGGAGAACGUGAUCGCGGAUGUGUGUGAGCUGGAGCGUGGCAUGGAGGCGGCGAGGCGCGAGGCCGAAGCGCGCGGCGCGCACGCGCACGUGUUGCGGGACUUUACCGCCAACGCGAGUGACAAGUUGCGCCGCCUGCGCGCCGAGACCAAGCACGCGCAGGAUUCGUUCGCGUCGUGCGUGGAGUACUUCGGCGAGGCGCCUCGUAGCUGCGACGCGAACGCUUUCUUCUCGCUACUCGUCCGAUUCACGAGGGCGUUUAAGCAAGCUGACGCCGAAAACGAGCAACGACGUAGACUUGAGCAAGCCGCACAACAAGCCGACAUUGUCGACCCCAACAAAGCUAAGAUCACGCAGAAGAAGCAACAGGAAGCUGUAAUCAACGAAUUAAAAACGAAAUCGCAAACCGUCGGCGAAAAGAAACUCCUUCACCAAGACGAAGUAUACAACGGAGCCCUGGAGGACAUCCUGCACGGGCUGCGCAGCGAGCCCUACCGGCGCGCGGACGCCGUGCGGCGGUCGCACCGGCGCCGCAUCAACUCUCACCGGCUCUCCAAGGGCUUGGAGGAGCUGGACGUAUGA